UCAAUAAGGGUAUAAAAGAUUUGUACUGCUGAUAAAUAUGAAAACUAUGACCGUACUUAGAUUAAGACUCCAAAUUUUAUUACAUAUUUCAACACAUAAAAAUUUUACCUGUCGUUUGUGUUGUCCAAUAGGCUACAUUGUAUAGACUUGUUGAGAAAGUUAAAAGUCAACUAAGAUUGUUUACCUUCAUCCUGUCACCGUUACACAGGUUAAUUACAUGGUCAAGAGAAGUUAUUUAGAGACAAUGAAUGUUUAAAGUCUUGUUCACCUGUAAACAGGUGAUAAUUGUGUGAGAAAGUUAGUGGACAAACUGUCUCUUUGUUCAUAUUUUAACAUUUAAUUGAGAUGUGGAGGAAAUGGAGAUAUAAACUGAUUUAAGGAUGUGAUUUCUUAAGAAUGGAAACCGAAGUGACUGUUAGAUAUGGGAUGUCGAAUCAUAGUUUUCCGUGGACUAAAUUGGAUAUAAAACCAUCAUCUCGAGGGUCAAGUACAAAUUCUAGUGUUCUUUCUAAGCAGUUUGGUCUUCCGAUUUACUCUCAUAACUAUGGGCUUUCAACAGCAAUGGUUUGUGUCAGUGCUAAAAUACACAACAGAAGACGUGGUUUUCGCCAAGAUGAUGGUACAUCAGCUUUUGUGAAGUCAUCAGAGACAUCUAAUGCACAAUUCUUGCCAGCAGAAUAUUUACGUACAGUCAAUGAAGCACUCACAAGUUACCAAAGUCCAUCAAGUAGUGGAAGGUCGUCUCCCACAGUAACAGAUCAUGAAACAGAGAGUACAGCAUCAUCAGCACAGAUAGGAUGGACAGGGAACACAACAGAACGUAGCAGCACAGAUUCUACCUAUUCUUGGGAUGAAUUUGAUAAGCAAGCUGCAAAACAGGUGCAAUCAUUCUUUGAGCAAAUAGACUCAGUUCUAUUUGAACAAAACACAGACGGUCCAACAUAUAUUAAAAAAGAAUGUCAAGAAUGGCAGUUUCAGUUUCCGCAUUUAAGAAUUUUGGGUCACCAGUUGAUGAUCCCUCAGGAAUUGGGAUAUCAUGUGAUACACACAGAUUCUUCACGUCCUUCGACAGGCAGCAUGGGUAUAACAGACGUUACAGAUCACGACAUAUCAGGCACUCCAGAUCUUCAGGGAUUAUCAUUAACGGGUAGAUCAAUUGAAGCUAAAAGUGUACCUAUUGAAGCACGCUCAGUCUUAUCAUCAGGGAGAGAGGACAGUUCACUAACAUCAGAAUUUACUCAUCUUGAGGAAGAAAUCAUUGAACAGGAGGGCUAUUAUGAAGAAGUCAUUGCCAUUGACUAUAAAGACAUAUAUGAUGAAAGUUCAGAACAGAAGAAACAAUUAACCCCCAGACGACAUAGAGUAGGGUACCCUCCUAUAACACCUAACGCCUGUGUGAAGGACAGUGUCCUUAGUUCUGUGUUUGAUUCAGUAUGGCAAGAAAUAAUUGCUUGGACACGAAAUUUGUCAAAACAAUACUCAGUUUUAGUUUUAGAAGAGAGUAAACCUCUUACUAUACCUAUGCAGCCCUCGUCUCCUCAAAACAGACAUGAACAUUCCAUGCUCUCUCGGGAACCAUCAUUUAGUCAAGCUAUGUAUAGACAACGUUCUUAUACAGCAGCAGGUGCAUUAAACUUAGACAAUGUCCUUCUCAUAUCAAGUAAAAAAAUAUCAAUGAGAGAACCAUCAAAUUUACAAGACUAUGCAGAGACCCCUGUACCAGGUACAACCCGUCCAGCAUCUAGCUUUCCAACAAGUGCUACUGUUAGACGUCCUCAUAGUAAUACCAAGUUUGUCAGGCCUGCAGCACAAAAACCUACAAGACUUGCACCUAUUCAGUCUGAUGCAACCAAAUCAUACACUGAGGAGAGAGUGGGACCAAAUGGUGCUUUACAGGUUAUUAAAAUAGCUCAUGCUAGAAAUGGAGCUUUGCCACCAUUAAAUACUGAAGUAGAGCCUAGCAAGGGUCAGAAGAGAGGGAACAGUCGUGCCAGUAGUGCUGUGGUGAAAGACAGUUUGGCCUCUCACAGAGAAAGAUUAGGCAUGAUGACUGAUGCUAGGCCAAGUACCACACAUGCAAUGAGGUCUGAUACACCGCAGGGAAACUUUAAUUCAAGAAGGGCAUCAACACCAUUUGGGCCAGUCUUGAAUGCUAUACCAGCAAGAAGUGCUAUUGGAGGUGGAGGUAUGGUCCUAGUGGGCAGUGGUUUACAGCCAUCUAGUGAACAUCCUUUACCAUCAGAAAUAUUGGAAGAUCAAGAAAGUAUAGAAGAUGUUCCAUAUAAUAAAUGGAGUCCUCAUCCUAUUUUAUCACCUAAAUCACAAAAGUUUAUGGAAUAUUUGUAAAGCACCUUCACCUCCCAGUCAUCACAACCCAUACUACAGAGGAAGACUGAAGCAUUAUCCAUUAGGUGUACGUCCAUAGCACUUAGUGACUAAUUCAUUGUGCCAAACAUGAUUGUAUUACUGGAAUGUAUAUCUCAGGAGUAUUACGUGUGGAGCUUACACCUCAGGAGAAAACUGUCAAUGUUGUUUUAUGUGCAUGUUAUGAGUUGAAACAUACAUCUAUCUCCUUGGAAAUAGUGUUUUCUGAAAUUAUUCAUACAAGGAGUCGAAAACUGCAUAUUAGUGUACACUAAUCUCAUCAUAAGAUUCUGGCAUGAAAGAAAAAUACCGGUGGUUGUUACUUUACAGGGCAAAUAUCAUUUUCUCCACAUCCAGUAAACGAUUGUAUAUUGUUUGUUUGUUUGCAUUUAGAUUCUGAAAAUCUCAUUUAAAGUGCUACUAGACAAGUGGCAUAUUUAACAAGACACAAAACUUCAGUGACAACAGUUAAUUCAGUUCUGAAUCAGAGACCCCUUCAUAAUUCAGUCAUUCCUCAGGGGAGAUAAUUCAUAUAACUGAACAAAGGGAAGUAAUGCUAGAACUUAAGGAAAUACAUUCCUGAAGCAUUAAGUGACUCCCGAGUGUUUACUGUUUAAUCUGUGCACAAAAAUAAAUGGCAGCAACUGACAAAACUUACAAAAAAAUUGCCAAAUUGACAUUUACACAGCAAGACUGAAAAAUGGCCAUAAAUGGCAAAAAGCUGUGAUUUGUCUUUCUGUGAUAAUGUAAAUAUGUAAAUAUUAAUCUAUAGAGGCCAAGGCAGCUUGUUUUCUGUCUGACUUACCUCACAUAUCAUGUUCUGUGGAUGUUUACACAGGAGGCAUUAAGUCUUAAAUCAUGUUUCUACUCGCAUGUCUUAAAUAAGGUUACAAUUGUUUUAAUUCCAUAUCCCACCAACAUAUCAUGUUUAAGAUUUACUCAGGAUACGUGGUAUAUGUCUUUAUUCUUAACAAUAAAUUGUUUAAUUUUGGUUUUACUUAUAUUUAUUUAUGAUAUAUUUAUGAAUAUUCAAACAGCUAUAUGGCAAGUAAUUAAUUAUAUUAUGUUAGUUAUUAAUGCUGUUUUAUUUAAUGAAUAAAGUGGAUUAAAAUUGAAUGGCUGUUUACUUGAACAUAUAAUGGCAAAAAAAAUUUGAACCUCAGAAGUAUGGCUGCAUCUUUGCAUUCAAGGUUUAAGAAUAAAGAAUGCAGAAUUAGUUAAAAAUGGAUUUAUAAUUCCGUUGCAAUCACAUGCGGGUUAAGUUUAAUAUGUCUACACAUCUUUCAAGUCUGUGCAUGACAAUGAUGUUGUUGGUAUCCACAAAACACAACAGUGUACAUGUAUUGCUAUUUUCAAUUGUUUCCCACAAGUUUUGUCAUAUGUUUUAACAAACAAUUCUCUUCUGUAAACUGGUAUAAUAUCUUUAUUGUUGUCAGGAAGCAGUUUGAAGUUGCAUUCCCUCUUCAGUUUCCUACUUUAUUUACAGUGGUUAACCCUGUGGAAAUCAAUCCUCCUUAUUUAUAUGUACAACAGUGAUGUGACGACCAUGUCAAUUCUUCAUGUAACAUGCAAAAUACUGGAAAGAGGACAAAACAAAAGUGCCCAUCAACUUUAACAUAUUAAUUUUUUCACUGAAAUAAUAAAAUACUAUGGUAUCAAUUACACUGUGAUAGUGCUAGUUUCUUCUUUUUAUUUAAGUCUAAUUUCCUAAUUUUAUAGAACUAUUUUAUGUACGUAUUUGUUGAAUUACUUAGAAGGCCUUGCCGUAUGUUGUUAUAUAAAACCACUGCCAGUUGUCCCGUAGUAUAUUAUUGUUGAUUGCACUUAACAUGUUGUAACUAAAAUGGCCAUGUGAUAUUUUGUUUUGAUACCUAAUUUAUGUUUUGGUCAUUUUGUUCAUGUUUCAAUUUUUAUUUUUUAUUUUAUAACAUUCCUAUGGGAAUAAUUGCUAAUUUUUAUUGGUAUUAUUACCUAUAGAUUAUUUUUUUUAUUAUUGCUCUUAAAAAACAUUUAUCAAUCAUCCCUCCAUAUUUGCUAUCGCUCCGUCCAUAUUUCAUAAAUAUUAAUUAUUUAAUACGUAUAUAUUACAACUGAAUUUCCUAAACAGUCCUUACAUUACAAUAAUAUAUAUUGUGAUUUCUAAUGAAAUUUAAAAAAAUAAAUAAACCAACAAAAUAUAUGAAUUUAUGUUUGUUUUGUUAUGAAUAAUUGGUGUUAUGAAACAAAAAUCGGUUAAAAAUAUAAAAAUCCAAUGGAUGUUUAUAACUGAUGUUUUGUAUAAAUUGUUGUAUUACAGAAGUAACAUAAAACUAUUUGCUAAGGUUCAUUAAAAUCAUGAAAUUUAGUAUACAGUAAAAUAAAUAUAGAACAUUGUCAAUGAAAUAUUUUGUGCUGAAUGUAACUUAUAACCUACAACUGACAUAUUUCAAAUUGAUAUCUACCAAUAAAAUUAUUAAACUGAAAGCAUUUUAUAUUUGUUGUACUCUCAUUUCUUAAAAGCUAGUGACAAAUUCAGUCAUGAAAAGUCUAUACAUAUUUGGAUUAGUUGCAGGUUUAUACAGCAGGUGUAACAAGCAAUGUAACUUAUUAUUGUUAUUAUCAUACUCAUUUACUCAUAAAUUUUUAUGUUAAGUAUUCAUAUCUUUUAAAAAACAUUCUAAAUAAUUGUUUAUUUUCUGGUGUUGGACAUUUGUUUUACAAGCUAUGGUCAUUCAUCCACAGACAUUUCAUAGCUUUUCAGAAAAUUAAGACUGUAAACCGAGAAAAAUGUAAGUUGUUAUUUUAUUUCUCAUUUUUUCUUGGUAAGAGUUAUAAAGUACGACAAAACCAUAUUUUGCACAGGAAAAUCAGAAUAGAAAUAAGAUCUUUAUUCAGUUUUAUGAAAAAGAUGUAUGAUAUGAAAAUUUCUGCAUAUACAAGGAGAUGUGCCUUUAUGUAAACAUAUAUAAUUUAAAAACAACAUUUUGUUUUGCUUAAUUCUGUGAAGAUCAAUCAUAUUUUCUUUUUAUCAUAUUUCAUUAAAAAGAGCAUUUAUUUCAAAUAUUUUUGAGGUGACAUUAAGUAAUAUUAUAUAUUUAUUGGUCCCAUUUUUCACACACUGUAAACCUUAAAAAAUGAAUUUCAAUUGAAGUUGUUAAAAUAUGUCAAAAAGAUUUUUAUUUUUUCACAUGUAAUCUUUCAAUUUAAGACAUUUUUUUUUAAAAGUGUCAGUUGAAAUUUGGACAUUAAUGUAACCAAUGUUAUUUGCUGUGUACAUAUUAUGCUGUAGCUAUGUGCAAUACGUGAUCUGCUACACACGUUUAGCUGUAAAUAAAUGAUAAUACAUAUA